AUGCUAGAGGAGGUUGAGGUUAGUGAGGCAGAAACAAAACAUGUUGUAUCCCAAGCAAGUCAAGCUGGCAAUGAUAUUCUUGUAAAGGCGGCGAAGCUAAAAGAAAUGUCUACACUAGCAGUGGAAGAGAACAACAAGGUUGCAGCAGAGGUUUUUGCUGAGAAAUCUAUUCUAGCCUCAGAAGCUCAGGGGCUCCAGUCCUGGUUGUUUGACAUUUCUGAAGAACGAAAACACUUCGUGUCGGUCAUUGACGAGAUGCACCGGACUCUUCAAAGAAGACUUGAUUUAGCAGAAGCAGAAAGAGCAGCUGCUGAGAUGGAAAUGAUUGAAAGGGAAAAAAUGGCUCAAGAAAUGCUGAAAGAACAGGAAGUCCUACUUGAUGCUGCCAAGGAAGAGUCUAAGAAGCUGGAGCAACAGGCAGAGGAGAAUGCAAAGCUGCGGGAGCUACUGAUGGACAGGGGCCAUGUUGUUGAUGAAUUGCAUGGAGAAAUGCUUGGAAUCUUCGGCAACAUUACGCAGCUCCAACGUAGAGUUGAUAUGCGAGUCCCUGCCGAGCAACUAGCUUCGUCGAUACUGUCCAGCUCAGUCGAGUCAGCAGCUGGCCAAUCCCCUGCUGAAGAACCACUGCAGCUCGCUCCAAUGAGCUUUCCCAGCCCGGUCCAAUCAGCACAUUCCGGGCUAAUUUAUGUUGAUGAGCCACUGGAACUAGCUUCAUCGAGCUUAGCAGGCUCGGUCGUAUCAGCGCCUUCAAAACUACUUCCUACUGGUGAAUCGCUGGAGCUAAGUUCAUCGAGCUUGGUCGGCUCCGUCGUAUCGGCACCUUCCAAACUGUUCUCUGUCUGUGAGCCACUUCAGCUAGCUUCAUCGAGCUUGUCUAGCUCUGUCAGAUCGGUGAUUUCGGAGAGCAGCUGGUCUUCUGCCACGGAGUCGAAUUCAGGUUUCAAUGAUGAGGAGGAGAUCGCUGUUGCUUCUCCCCGUGACAAUUUUGCUCUGGACGACACCUGGGAUGUAGUCGAAGAAGACGAGGAAUGCGUGUGCUAA